AUGUGUUCUAAACAUUCAAAUUAACCAUUCUCUCAUGUUCUAAUCAAUCAUAAACAAUAAGGAUUGUGUUGUUAAUAAUGCAUUUAUUAAGAUAAUCUACCUACAUAAUUACUUAUCAUCUUACCAUAAUUUCUUACACUUGUUAAGUAGGAGAUUAAUAAUAAAAUUAAUGAUAUACAUGAAGAAAAAAAAAUUAGUACUCAAUAUGAAAAAUUACAUAUGGAUGUUCUUAAAAAUAUAUAACAAACUUUCAAACAAAUUCAAAAUUUUGUAUUUCAAUAAUCAUAUUAAUAAAUCAAAUUGAAUGAAGAGGUUUAUCAAGCAUAAACAUUAAUUGAAUAAAUUGAAUCGCGUCAAAUUACUAAUCGUUAAGCUUAAGAUAAUAUUAUUUUAUUAUUGGAGAAAUCAUUAGAUUUCAAUGGUAAAUAAUUUUAAUUAAAAAGCAAUCGAGGUAAAUAAUUCAAAGAACAAUUAACAUAAGUGAUACUCUAUUAUAAUCAAUUGUAAGUAAUGCAAUCAAUCUUAUAAUUACAAAAUAACAUAGAAUAAAUAUUUAAGAGAUAAUCAUAACAAAAAGAAUUUUCAAAUUUUAAUAAUCAAAAUUACAAUCCUUAAAUAAUUUAAUAAACGAUACAGCCUUAGAAUUAAAAGUAUGAAUAUACUAAUCAUUAACCUAAUUAGCUAUCUUAAAACUAAUUAAUUUAAACAAGUCAAAUUAAUAAUAGUAAUUAAACUAUAUCUCCAUAGAACAAAUCAAAUGAAUUAUCAAGAUAAAAUACUUAAUCUAAGAAUGCUGCUUAAACUUCAAGAAGUCAUUCUAUAGAAACAAAAUAAGUACAAUAUUUGGAUUAAAGUUAAAAUUAUAAAACUGAUAGAUCGUUAACACCAUAAUCAAUGAAAACCGAUUAAUCAAAUAAACCAUAUUAAUUUUAAUCAGGAUUACUUUUUGGUGAUUAAUUAAAGAGAACAAUAAGUGAUAAAUAAUAAGAAUAAAUUAGAUAAUAAUAAAAUACAAGUUCUUCAUUAAUCAGUAGAUCAAAUUUAUUUCCGAAAACAGAAAAAUUAUAUUCAAUUAAAGCACAUGAUAAAAGAAUAUCUUAAGUAUAAGUGGGCUAACUUUGUAUAUUUACAAGUUCUUAUGAUAAAUUGAUAAGAGUUUGGGAUAAAGGGAAUGGAAAGAUGAUAGCAACUUUAGAAGGACAUACAAGAGAGAUAGUUAAUAUAAAAUUUAAAUUUGAAACAUUAGCUUCAUGUGGUUAAGAUAAAGUGAUUAGAAUUUGGAAACAUCAUCCAAGAUGGUAAUUGAUUGGUAAUUUAAAAGGACAUUAAGCAACUAUUACUAGUUUAGAUUUCUUAAAUCCAAAAUAAUUAUUAUCAGGAAGUGAAGAUUAAAGUAUUAAGAUAUGGGAUUUAGAUAAAAUGUUGGAAAUAUACUCUUUAAAAUUUGACUUUGGUAUUUAUUCUUUGGUUAUUUAUAAUGAUAAACUCUUUGUUGGAGGUGAUGGUAUUUUUAUUGUUCAUUAAUGCCCAUAAUUGUAAUAAACAAAUUUUAUUUAAUUACAUGAAUCACCUAUUUUAAUCAUAUUAUAAACUAAAUUGUAUAUAAUAACAAUUGAUAAAGAAGGAAUAAUAAAAUUAUUGAAUUCUUAAUCUUAUUAAAUAAUUAAAGAACUUAGAGAUGAUUAUGAAAUAAGUAGUGCUUUAUAUAUUUAACAAUUUAAUUUUCUAGUAAUAGGAUUAAGUACUAAAAAUGGAGAAGGCAAAAUCUGUUUUUGGUCUUUAGAUACUCUUCGUAAAAUUAAAGAAAUCUAUGAUAAUGGAUCAGGAGUAGGAGGAUUGGCAUGGGAAUCUCCAUUUUUAUGGACAGGACAUGAUAAUAAAAGAUUAGAGAAUAUUAAAUUUUUAUAGUCAUAAUCAUGA